AUGAAGACUGUCAUGGAGAAGCUAGUGGAUGUACAUCAAAUGGCAUUUUUGCAGGGUAGACAGAUCAUGGAUGCCACUCUACUUGCUAAUGAGUUGGUGGAUUCCAGAUUCUCUGUUCUAAUUAAUGGAAAUCCUGAAGGUUUUUUUCAAUCUAGCAGGGCUUUGAGGCAGAGGGAUCCCCUGUCACCUUUCCUAUUCCUAUUAGCCAUGGAGGGGCUAAAUUACAUGAUCAGAAAAGCCAAAACUAAUGGAUGGAUAAAAGGGUUUGGAACCCAAACCAAUAGGGGUAAAGACAUGGAAAGUACACACUUAUUGUAUGUUGAUGACUGUUUGGUGUUUAGUGAGACUAAGGUGACUGAUUUACAGUUUAUGGCAAGUAACUUGAGCUGUCAAACUGAGUCACUGCCCACAAAGUACUUAGGAAUGCCUCUGGGUGCUAACCAUAAGGCACAAGAGAUAUGGAAUGAUGUGUUAGAAAGGUGCGAAAUGAAAUUGACAAGCUGGAAGAGUCAAUAUUUAUCUCUUGGGGGUAGACUGACUUUGAUAAAUUCAGUCUUGGAUGCCUUACCUACUUACAUGAUGUCUUUGCUUCCUAUUCCUAGGGGCAUAGAGAAGAAGAUUAACAAAGUAAGAAGGGAAUUUUUGUGGCAUGGUAACAAAGACAAGAGUGGAGUGGAAGAUUGUGACACUCAGCAAGCAACAUGGUGGCAUGGGGAUUAA